AUGGCUCUGGUCGAGGAAAAAAUGCAGAUUCUCAACAGCGGUUGGAGUGAGAUUGUUCUUCUAGAGUAUCUACACUGCAUGUUGUUACACUUUCAUUGCCCUACUCCUGGUUCUGAGCUCUCUAAAGUUGCAGCUGUUCUGUCCUCUAGGCCAACCAAGGAUUCCAGCAACAACACAACUGCUUCUUCUAAUACGAACUUUUCUACCACUCUUGUAUACACAUCUACUUCGGUCCCUGAUUCGGCAACAGCUGAGUCCGCAGGCUGCACUAACGACUUUGUCCCUGAAAGUAGACGCGAAUCUAAUAACUUUUGUUUGGCGGAGUGCUCUGCCAAGCCUUCUUCAAAUCCGUUUUUCAUAGCUGGUGAUAACUCUUGCAGGCCAUCAGCGACCGAACGCAUCUGGGCUGACAAGCUUGAGGUUAUUCUUCCUUUCUCGUAUAUUUGGGUGUUUCUUGUUUUUUUCAUCAUGACUUAA